GAGGGUGACCCAAGAGGCAGGUGAGUAAACACCCGAUAGCAGGACAGAGCAUGGAAAACUCGCGCUUCACCAACGUGGUGUUGCGUAGCCCGCUCGUGGCACUUGCUCAGAUAUUCUUGUUUCUCUUACAAGCUCUGAUCACCAUACAGAGGUACGUAGCAAACCGUCAGCGAUAGUUGUGGAAGAAAUUAAAUGCUACAAAAUAAGAUAACAAGGUACUACAUUAAGAGAUAUCUAUGGACUAUCGUCGAUUUUUGACGGAUUUAGUCCCCAUCCAUUGAAAACCAAACACUGAGCGAGUUUGUAAUGCUCCUUUGGGUGGCGGAAACAGAACGUACGUGUACUUGAUUGACAGAUUAAUUGAACCGACGUUACUACGGAAGCCGAUUCUAAAGGGCAGCUAAUGUAACAGCCGAGAUUGAUCUCAAACAAUUAAAUACAUGUCAAAACAAUAGAUCCCAAUUAUUCAUUCACUUCCUUAUUUUGUAUAAGCAUCAUAUUUCCUGUUAUAUUAUAUUGAAUGUUGAAAAGCUUUGUGUGUUUGAACAGUUAAUCGCACACUCCACCGUGACUGCGCGACGAUCUUAAUAAAGACUUGCAAAUGGGUAAUAGGAACGGGAGCAAGUCAUCACAACGACCACUAUCCAAGUCACAAAACAGGUCACAAAUGUCCAGACAAUUUGGGCAGUUUUGUUGGUACCACUGGAAGUUUGGUGUCAACUCACCCAAGUCCAUGCAAACAUGCGCCUGGCCUAAGCAUAAUUCUAAGACAUCGGGAAACGAGUAACCCCUCCCCAGGUCGCGACGACUGAGGAGAGGCGCCUAAACAGUCGCUUGUUUUAUGUUAGAGACAGAAACUCGGGCUUGAAUUUCUUGGUGGAUACUGGCGCUGCUCUUAGCAUCAUCCCUCAAAAUAAAGCUGAGCUGAGUCGAGAAACAUCAUCAAUUACACUUCAAGCUGCAAAUAAAACUAAAAUCGCGACAUUUGGGCAGAAAACUUUAACCCUAGAUUUGGGGUUCAGGAGGCAAUUCCCUUGGAUUUUCACGGUAGCCGACUUAGAUCUGGCAAUACUGGGUAUGGACUUUCUAGAGAGAUACGAAUUUCUAGUUGACAUCAAGAAACGGCGAUUAACACUAAAAGAAACUUCGUAUUACACAAAAGGCAAAGAAAGUCACAUCAGCUCUCUUAACUUGAUUCAAACCCCUCCAGUAACAACAGCGAAAUUCCAAGACAUACUCGCGGAAUUUCCAAACUUAACUAAACCAAACCCACAGCCUUCUAAGGACAAACUUAAAGUGAGUCACACUAUCAAAACCGAAGGUGCACCGGUGUUUGCAAAACCCAGGAGACUAGCACCAGAAUAGCUCAAAAUCGCUAGGGCUGAGUUUGAUUAUAUGCUACAAUUGGGUAUUAUCCGUCCCUCUGAUAGUCAAUGGGCAUCCCAUUUGUAUAUGGUCCCAAAGAAGAAUGAAGGUGACUGGCGACCGUGCGGGGAUUACAGAGACCUCAACAGUCAAACCGUACCAGAUAGGUACCCAUUACCUCAUAUCCAAGAUUUCACCAACGGUUUACAGGGUAUGAACAUAUUCACUAAAAUUGACUUAGUCAGGGCAUAUCACAAUAUCCCGGUGGCUGAUGUAGAUAUUCCCAAGACAGCUAUUACUACACCCUUUGGCUUAUUCGAGUUUGUACGCAUGCCAUUCGGCCUGAGAAAUGCGGCACAGACAUUUCAAAAAUUCAUAGAUAACCUACUUCGAGAUAUGCCAUUUGCGCAGGGGUACAUACAUGACUUGUUAAUUGCCAGCCCCGAUUUGCAAUCACACGAACAGCAUGUACAAGCAGUGUUGAAAAGACUGGAUGAACAUGGAAUAAACAUACAUCAAAGUAAGUGUGUUUUCGGUGUUCAAACUUUAGAAUUUCUCGGUCACACAAUAAGCCCAGAAGGGAUUAAACCUAUCAAAAAAGAAGUGGAUACCUUCAAACAAUACCCCGUACCUAGUUCUCUAACACAACUGAGAAGUUUUCUAGGCCUAAUUAACUUUUAUCGCAGAUUCAUACCAGGUUGUGCACAAUUAAUGCAACCUUUGACAGAUUCACUUAAAGGAAAACCAAAAGAAUUCAAACUGUUUUCCGACGCCGUCGAAGCUAUUAAACAGCUUAAAGAUAAACUGGCUCAAGCAACUACGAUCAUAUAUCCGAAAUCUCUUUCCCCACUUCCUUUGAUGGUGGAUGCUUCAGAUAAAGCAGUAAGCGGUACCCUUAACCAACUGGUUAAAAACGCCUGGAAACCAAUUGCUUUCUUAUCAAAAAGACUCGCUCCAGCCGAAACAAGGUACUCUACCUUCGGGCGAGAACUUCUUGCAAUCUAUCUGACCAUUAAACACUUCCGACACAUGUUAGAAGGUAGGGAAUUUAUAGUCUUUACGGAUCACAAACCACUAACGAAUGCAUUAAAAGCGAGAGCCGAUAAAUACUCACCUCGAGAAGUCCGACACCUUGACUAUAUAACACAGUUCACAAGCGAUAUCCGACAUGUCAAGGGUCAAGACAACCAGGCGGCAGAUGCUUUAUCCAGACUAGAAAUGAACGUGCUACAGCAGUCUACAGUAAACUUCGAGACGUUAAGACACGAACAAGAGCAGGAUCUAGAAUUACAAAACCUACUUAAAACAAACAAUUCAAGUCUUAAUUUAAAACAAUUACCAUCACCUAUCGAUAGUAUUCUAAUUUAAUGUGACACGACCAAGGCAAUGCC